AUGACCUCUCGCGCCUCCAGGGAUCACUCCCCUUCGAACACGAAUUCCCGCGAUGUGGGACGACAAUCGACGGCUUUUCGAGGGGCUUUCCGUGCCUUCUCCCUAGUUGCCCCGGCAGAAUCCUUGCCAAAGUCUCACGUCGGCGCUAAUGGAGCUCUCGCCGCAGCUACGACCGCUGGAAUGGGAAUGCGAAGGCAGGGAGUCCAACUCGUCGAGGGGGCUACUUCAAACGGUCAAAAGGAGGAAAGGCUUUCUACGAAGACGCCUCGUCGGUCUGGUGCCUCGGAGAAAGUUGGAAGGUCACGAGAGCAGUCACCUUCUUACGCUGCCGCUUUGCAUGCUACCUCCAAGUCCACGCCUGUCAACACUCAAAAGUCCGGCGAUUCGACACCAAAGUCGCGCCAGCCGUCACCCUUACAGAAUAUUAUGGAUUACAGGGUUAAUACGCCAGCGACGAUAUCUCGCUCGACAGACGGAGCCGUCGGAGGAGCUACUAGUUCCCUCGUGAGUCUCUUCGAGUCCAAGCAAAACCACAAAAGGAAUAUUCCUAUUACCCAUUCGAUCCGUUACGUGACCAAGCCUACAUCAGUAAUUGCAAGUCCAACACCAAUCAAGCCAGCGAUAAGGUUAUCCACUACUAGUUCGCUAGGUACAUUCCCUUGUGCAUCUGAGCUAGAAAGGGGUUUCACAGCUUCAGACCCUUCGAACAUCACGGAUACCGGUGCUGCAGCUGCGGCUGCGCAAUCAGUUGGUCGAGCCAGAGCAGCAACAUCAAGGUCAAGUAAACCAGCACAUCCGACGCUUUUACCACGCACUGUGCCCGAACCCCCAGCUCCACGCCGAUCCGGAGCUUAUGCGCCACUGAAUUCAUUAUCAGAAAGCGGCCAGAAAAAUAUAACUGACAUUCCGCAGGAAAGUGCCUCGUUAGCAUUGGCUCAAGCUCGGCCUGCGGAACCGGGCACUGCUUUACAAGCACCUCGGUCAGACCCAGCAUUUCUGCCUUUGAAACUAUCUUUCGCUUCACCUUCACGUCCUCUUCUACCAGUCAGAUCUUCAAUAAGCUUUGAGACAAAGGUUGAUUCGUUGGCCAACACUAUUGUCGCCGCUUCGCUGGCUUCAUCCCGUGCGCCUUCUCCGACGAAACCGCCACCACCACCGCCCCGUCGUCACAAGUCGCAUUCUCUAUUUCAUAAUCACCAUAGCCAGGGACAGAUGUCUCGCACCCCAAGUCCAGCAAAGGUUUUGAGGCACACAAUGCGAGAACCGUUACCGUCAGAUGACGAAGUAGAAUACAAAAAGAAAAGCAUCCUCACGAGGAAGCAUCCACACAAACAUCAUGAAGGGGAUCGGAAAAGGUAUAGGGCUACUGUGACGGAACGGGAGAGACGAAGGUAUGACGGUGUGUGGGCUGCUAACAAGGGACUUUGGAUGGACGCCGAUUCAUCGGAUAGCGUCCUCAAUCUUAUGGUCCGCGACAUCUGGAGCCGGAGCCGUCUCCCAAACGAUGUUCUCGCAGACAUCUGGGACUUGGUAAACAUUCAAGGUGGUGACAGGCUCAAACGAAAUGAAUUUGUCGUAGGGAUGUGGCUGAUCGAUCAGCGAUUGAAGGGUAGGAAGCUACCUUUUAUGGUUUCCGAGUCCUUGUGGAAUAGUGUGCGGCUUUUGCAUGGCGUCAAGGUAUCCCGGCAUCAACAUUGA